AGAAAUUACUCGGAGUGGCUUGAUAUUCAUUAUAUUUACUAUAUAAGUGGCGGUUCCCAUCGCCGAAAGCUUUUGUCUGGGAACUGAGCUUGAACUACGCGACUUGCCUGAGAUCCGCUUAAUUAGCCAGGAAAUCCCAAAAGUGUCAACACAUCGAAAAAGUUCAAAAAUAGUAUCCAAGUUAAAUCGUAAGUUGAGCCGAUCUCAGCUCGGCUUCCAUAUCGGAGAAGCAGUUUGUUCGAGAAUUGCACAAAACAGAUUUGAUUCAACUGGCAACGGAAGCGGCGUGCGAUAAAAUCCCACUGCAUUUGCGAAAAUAAAUCAAAAUGAAGGCUUUUUUUUGGGCUUUCGUGGUUUUAUUGGAAUAUAACCUCCAGCAUGUAUAUGCUAAGACAUUAACAGGCGAUUAUAUAGACCUCCUCGAGAUCAAUGAUAAUGAAGAGUUUCAAUGGGGGGAACCUGAAAACCAGGCAUACGAAAAUCGCACAGGGGAACACAAAGUCGUUAGUUUUCUAUCACGACAUCGCCUUAACAAGCGGCAGGCUCCGACUUCGCAAUUACUAGAGAACAAGGAUUAUGGUCCGUGCAGCACUCCUAUGGGCGAAUCUGGCCGAUGUCGCCACAUUAUAUACUGUCGCAUGCCAGAACUUAAGAAUGAUGUCUGGCGGCUUGUCUCUCAGCUGUGCAUCAUUGAGAAGAGCGCCAUAGGCAUUUGCUGCACUGACCAAUCGACGAGCAAUCGCUUCAGUCCGCAGAUCGUGACCAACCCGGACACGGAUGAGCCGCGCAUUGUUAAUAAGCCGGAGCAGCGAGGCUGUGGGAUUACCACCAGACAGUUCCCGAGGCUUACUGGCGGACGGCCAGCCGAGCCGGACGAAUGGCCCUGGAUGGCAGCCCUGCUGCAGGAGGGACUGCCCUUCGUAUGGUGCGGUGGAGUCCUGAUCACCGAUCGCCAUGUCCUUACUGCCGCCCACUGUAUCCACAAGAAGAGUAAGUCGGAUAUCUUCGUGCGUCUGGGCGAGUACAAUACUCAUAUGCUGAAUGAGACGAGGGCGAGGGAUUUCCGAAUUGCCAACAUGGUGCUCCACAUCGAUUACAAUCCGCAGAACUACGACAAUGAUAUUGCUAUAAUCAGGAUCGACAGGGCCACGCUGUUUAACACCUACAUCUGGCCAGUUUGCAUGCCUCCAGUGAACGAGGAUUGGUCAGACAGGAAUGCUAUUGUCACGGGCUGGGGCACCCAGAAAUUUGGAGGACCUCAUUCCAAUAUUCUAAUGGAGGUCAACCUGCCGGUAUGGAAACAGUCUGACUGCCGGGCCUCAUUUGUACAGCACAUUCCGGAUACCGCCAUGUGUGCCGGAUUCCAAGAAGGAGGUCAGGACUCCUGUCAAGGCGACAGUGGGGGUCCACUUCUGGUACAACUACCCAACCAACGCUGGGUCACUAUCGGCAUCGUGUCUUGGGGCGUCGGUUGUGGACAGCGUGGUCGCCCGGGUAUCUAUACUCGUGUGGAUCGGUAUCUGGACUGGAUUCUGGCCAAUGCAGAUAUUUAGAGUAUACACAAGACUGUUUUCAGUUCGUCAGUACAUUCAAUUUACUUGGCAUUUAGUUUAACAAAUGCUUUGGUCUAAAUACUCUAAUUAACCUGGUAACGAUCGAUAUUAAUAAAAACUACGAACACCCGA